GUCUCUGCAUGAUGUGUGUGCGCACUCGCUGGUCAUUCCGCAAUUUGACUUGUUGCGCCCGCAUCGGUCCAAGGAGAAAGAAGACGAACCUUCAUGGGGGAGACGUCACCGCUGCUCAACAGCGAGAAAGGCCGCAGCCGCGGCCAGCGUGCUCUGGCCAAAGAGGCGGACGUGGACGUGGCUGAGGAGUUCUGGGGACUCACGUGGAUGGCACUGCAAGUGUCGCUCUCAACCUUCGCUCGUAUCGCACUCAUCUCGGUGGACAGUGCGUUCCUGGGGCAUCUGGGUACAUCGUCACUCGCUGCUGCGUCGCUAGCGUCCACGUGGACGAAUGUGCCACUCGCUGGCGUGUGGUCUGGAGCGACAGCUCUCAUUACACUAUGCGGACAGGCCUGGGGCGCUAAGAACGGCGAACUCUCGGGCAUUUGGCUGCAGAUCGGGCUUGUUGUGGUCACAGUGUUGUCCAUACCCGUGAUGAUCUGGUACUGGAGCAUCGGAUACGUGCUUGAAGUGUCCACAGAUGACGCGGAAGUGGUGCAGCUGGGCGUGCGCUUCGCCCGCAUCCUGUCGCUGAGCAUCUGGCCGUCGCUGGUCUACGCCUGCGUGCGUCUGUACUUCCAGUCGAUGGGCAUCAUGUCCCCCGUCACUGUUGUAGGCACGCUAUCCAUCGGCGUGGCGUGUGCUGCCAACUACAUGCUGAUCUUCGGCGCAUUUGGCUGGGGAGGUCUGGGCUUUGACGGCUCGCCCAUGGCCACAGUCAUCGCUUCCUGGUUCCAGCCAGUUUCACUGAUCUCGUACUGUAUUUUCUACAAGAAGAUGCAUCUUCAGGCCUGGGGAGGUUGGGAUUUGAGCGCAUUUACGCCCGACAGACUCAAGAUCUUCAUGAACAUCGCUGGACCAGUUGCUGCCAACAGUAUGGUGUCCAAUCUGGCCAAUUCCGCCUUGACUUUAGUCGCUGCAAAGCUCGGAUCGGAUGUCAUCGCUGCUAACGCCGUGAUCUCGGGUCUCUGGUCACUACUAUGGGCGCUCUUCUGGGGUUACGGCUCGGCUACGCAGAUCCGUGUGGCCAACUACCUCGGUGCUGGACGUCCCAAGGCUGCGCGCGUGCUGGGCUUUCUGGGGUUCAUGUGUACUGUUGGUACAGUAGUGACGCUAGCCAUUGUGACGCUUAUGCUUCGAGAAACGCUUUUCCGCUUGUACACGAAUGACGACACGCUGCUGCAGUUGUGCAUGUUGGUCCAGCCGAUCUUCAUCACUGGCUACAUGAUCGAGUCGCUGGAGAUCCUCACGUCGUCAGUACUUGCUGCCAUGGGUGAAGUAGCGGUGACUGCGUGGGUCAGUUCGCUCAGUGUGUGGUUUAUUGAGCUCCCGAUCGCGUACUUUGGCGGCGUCACUAUGGGUCUAGGCUUCUCUGCACUCUGGUAUGGCGUGUGCACGAUGGAAGUGCUGAAACUCGCAACCUUCUCGUUUGUCCUGUCGCGUACAGACUGGACGGAGAUGGCCGAGCGAGCAGUGAAGAACAUGGAGGCCACGAGUGAUAGUGACACGGGCGUGGAGCAGGAAUCGCUGCAGUUCGCAAUGACAGAAGGUGGCAACACGCCUGGCAGUUUGGCGCCAGUGGUUCGGUCGCCUGCUGCCCAAGAACUGAUGACGCCGUCGGGUCGGCGCCGUCAAUGGGACCAAAUUGAGGACGGCACGUUGCUGCGCUCUCCUUUCUUCGGCCGCACGCCUCGAUCGGACACUUCGUUCUCUCAGGCUUAAGAGUUUUGCUUGAGACGACGGUAUUAUAUUAGCUGACACUGUGCUCAAGGUACCGAACGCUUCAGUAAUGGUAGUUUUGCAUUUCUUCUGCUGGUUUUUACUACGUUUUAUCUCACUUGUUGAGCUUUGAUCCGUUCAGUAGACUGUCGACUUCGUCGUCUUCUGGUGCUGGAGGAUUCAACGCCACGAGCUCUGGCACUUGGCAACAUGGACAGUGACCAGCCUUGAGGUACUCGAACUCGAAGUCUUCCUCGUGGAAGAAGCGACGGCAGUGGGGUGACAGGUAGAUUUUGAUCUCUGGGAUCAUGUUCUUGUAGUACUUGGGACGGAUGGCUCGUGUGGGAUACUUGACGAUGAAGACCUCGUUCGGACGGAGAGCACGCAACGUUCGAGCGUCCAGUUGAAGGACGCGAUAUUGAGCCGCCCCUGAGCGAUGGCCGACACUCGAGCCAUACGUCGCCUGCUUGUUCAGAGCUUGCUCGAACAGAUCCGUGCCGUCUUUUGCCCGGUCUUCUGCGCGCUCCGGUUCAUCGUCAUCGAGUUUCAUGCUCUGGGAUCCAUUACCGUAGUCGGUCUCUCGCCAGCCAUCGCCUGCUCGCUUAUUGCUGCCUCCUGUGUCUGUUGGGUGCAUCAAGAUGAGUUCCUCCGCUUCUGCGUCCGAGAGACCAGGCUGAAGACAAGAAGGUGGUUAGUACGUCAGUCGAGUACGGAGAAAGACGUUCUUACCUCGGGUUGGAACUCUACAAGCGGGAGGUUCUCGAACGACACGAAGGAGCGCACGAACGGAUGCCCGGAGUUGACGCAGACAUCGCCAGUGUUGUUGGGGUUCAGCAGAGGAUUCACCGUGGACGAGCGGUAGUCUACAGGCAGCAGUUCCUCGCGAUCGGCAUACGGUCUAGCUUGCAGUGUCAUGGCAGUGCACUCGACAACAGACUGCCAGUCCUGUCUCAACUUCAUCUGCAGCAGUUUAUCAUACGCUUGCCGUGCCAGUUUGUAGCUCUCCAGUUGCAGUCCAUGAUGUCCGAGUGUGAAGUAGAUGUUGCAGAGAGAGAUCCCAGGAGGAGGAGGCGCUGUCACCACGGUGUUGCCAUUGCCUCCUCCCACUCUGCCGUUGCUUCCUCGAGCCGACAGUUUGUUGAGAAGGAAUCGAGCAGCAUGAAAGAGCGACUCUGGCAGUAAAGUGGUGAAUGGCUCGUCAGUGAACGCGUAGAUCAUAGCGUACGCGUAGUAGAGCUCGGACAAGAGCUCAUUCUCUGUCGCUUCUGCGAGUCGUGUACGUUGUUCCUCGUUCAGCUCCAUGGGAUCUUCUACUUGCUGCUUGGAGUCCAAGAUGGUCUUCAUCUGCUGCUCGCAGAGUCUCCAAUGAUAAUAAGCCGCCGCACGGAAUCGACGCUCACUGACAGCGUUGUCUAUCAGUUGACAGAGCAACUUGCAGCACUGAUCAGGUCGCUGCGCUCGCGUGUACGCUUCCAACGCGUCAUCGAAGCGGUCCUGUGUCACCAGCCACUGCGCGUACGGCACAAAGACCUCAUCCGGUCGACGAACGCUGUCUCGGUGUCUAUCAGCCAAGCGAACUGCUUCUUCCCACUCCUGCAGUCGGAUGUGCAUCUGCAGCAACGCGUCGAGAUCUCCGAGUUUCAAGUACACAUCACGGGCAUUGGCGAACUGUCCUCCUUUCAAGAAAAAGUUGGCAGCUAUACCGAGUAACUGCGAGUUGGCUGCAACUUCAGGUCUACGUGUGAGCUCCAAGAGUUGAUCAAGCCAACCGUGUUCGCCCAGGAUCUCUCCAGCACGAACGUAAUUGCCGCUCGCAGCGUACAUUUCGGCAGCAGCUCGCCAGUCCUGGACGUCUUCAGCCCACCGAGCUUGUGCGAGCACGAGCUGCUGGACAUCUCCUGCCUGUCGAGCCGUAGCAAAGCGCUUGGCUUCGUCCCACAUGCGGAGAUCUGCGAACAUUUUGAUGGCACGUGCUGGUUCCCCACAGUCUGCGAACAACUUGGCAGCCAGUGGGAACUUGCCCUGAUGUGCCAUGAUCUCAGCCUGGAGAAGAGCCUUGACCUUCUUCCCCGCUUCUCCGCCGACAUCUUCACCUUCCCGGUUGCUGCCUUCACUCUGUGGAAGUUGCUGCUUCCAAGUCUGCUCUAGAGCGUUCACAAGCUCAAUGUAGCGAACGUCUCGCACACGGAUGAAAGCUUUACGGGCGACCGAGAAGCGCAUGCUCUUGAGGGCUUCCCACGCCAACAAACGCCAGUCUGCAGCUGUGACACCCAAACACGACACUGCGUAGGCUUGAUCGAAGUUGUUCUGCUCCAGGUACCGAUACAGAGGUGCAGAUUGAGGUACGUCGAUCGUUUGGACACUCAGCGCACUGAGUGAGAAGACCUUAGAGCCCGAGAAACCCACGACGAAGCCCUGCAUCCGUUGAGUGUGGCCUGGGAACUGACCCGCACGGAUCUUGAGCUGCCCAUUACCGCCGAAACACAGCAUAUCUUCACACUCGGUGUUCCAAGCCACACUGUUAGUGGAUCCUUCUUCAAACAGGAGCUGCUUGGUGGCCAAGUCGUACACUAAACACUUGUGCGAAUCAUCCACGACAGCAAGUUUUUCUCGGCUGGAAGAGCAAGCAAUUAUGGUUAGAGUAUAUCCGCACACUCUAAUUUAACCGUAACGUACUUGGCGCUGAUGUCGAGACAGGAGAUUGGACUGCUUUGCUGGAUGAGGGGAAUCGGGAACGGAUUAUUGAUGAAGAUCUGCCACACUGAGCCGUCUUUUAAUCCGACAAGAAGACCUUCACGACCAGGAGCACCGCCCGUCACUUUGAUGUAUCGGAUAAGCGACUCUAACACCCACUCGCGCUCUUUUCGUCCCGUAAAGUCAUACUGUUGCAGCUUUUGCUUCUGACACAGGAUAAAAUGCAAACUGGUGACAACUAACAAACUGCAUGGCAGGUCCUUCGUGAU